AGGGCUAAACUCGAAAAAGAAAAUGGACUACUUCAAAACGUAUAUUGCCUCAAUGGCGCGGCCUAUGCUGUCACAGACACGAGUCCUCUAUGUAUCUCUAUGGUUCCAGCCUUUACCUCAGUGGGUGCAUCCAUCGAGCUAUAUUGGAUUUAGCUAGCUAACGGUAGUAAAUGUAUUCAUCUACGUUUAGGUAAAACGUGACUGUAUUGGUGCGUGUAACAUUACCUAUCCGUUAACUUCGGAGAGAAGCAGAGUCCCUCAUUCCAGCUAGCUAGCCAGCCAGAAAAGCUAACGUAACGUUUAUUUUCUAAGCCGAUAAACUAAUGACCUUCUGGCAUCUCGCAAAAGGAAUAUUCUGAUAGUUAAGUAGCGUUGUUUUGUUUGUAGAACGCAAAGAAUACCAGGUGUUCCUGUCCGCCUGGCUAGCUAGCACAAUACCGCCCACAGAUACGGGUUCUACGGGAAAUGGUCGACGUUCUCAUGUGUCCAUGGAGAAGGCGGCCUUUGAGGGGUGGCUGGAGUCGGUCUCCGCCUCUUUCCUCACACUGAGCGACCAGCAGCGCAACCAGUCCCUGGACCAACUCAUCUCGCUGAGCGGUGCAGUCCAGCUGCGGCACCUGUCCAACGGACUGGAGGCGCUGCUCAAGCGGGACUUCCUGCGACUGCUGCCCCUGGAGCUCACCUUCUAUUUGCUGCACUGGCUCGACCCGCAGACCCUGCUCACCUGCUGCCUGGUGUGCAAGGGGUGGAAUAAGGUGAUAAGUGCGUGCACGGAGGUGUGGCAGGGUGUGUGCCGGGACCUGGGCUGGCGCAUCGAUGACUCCAUCCAGGACGCGUCCCACUGGAAGGGUAUCUACCUCAAGGCCAAGCUGCGCAUGAUGCAGUUGAAGGACCAGGAGGCCUUUGAGACCUCGUCACUCAUCGGGCACAGUGCGCGCGUCUACGCCCUCUACUACAAGGACGGCCUUCUCUGCACAGGCUCUGAUGACCUUUCUGCCAAACUGUGGGACGUCCGCACCGGGCAGUGCAUCUACGGCAUUCAGACGCACACCUGCGCCACAGUGAAGUUUGAUGAGCAGAAGCUGGUGACUGGGUCCUUUGACAACACUAUCGCCUGCUGGGAGUGGAGCACAGGUGCCAAGAUCCAGCAGUUCCGUGGGCACACGGGUGCAGUGUUCAGCGUGGACUACGAGGAUGAUCUGGACACGCUGGUGAGCGGCUCGGCCGACUUCUCUGUGAAGGUGUGGUCCCUGUCGGCAGGCGCCUGCCUCAACACCCUCACGGGACAUACUGAGUGGGUCACCAAGGUGAUUCUUCAGAAGAGUGAAGUAGAAUCCAUGGUGCACUGUCCUGGCGACUACAUUCUGUUGAGUGCUGACAAAUAUGAAAUAAAGGUUUGGCCUAUAGGCAGGGAAAUCAACUGUAAGUGCUUGAAGACCUUGUCUGUGUCAGAGGACCGUAGUGUGUGUCUGCAGCCUCGCCUGCAGUUUGACGGCCGCUAUGUCGUUUGUAGCUCGGACCUGGGGAUCUACCAGUGGGACUUUGCCAGCUUCGAUAUCCUCAGGGUCAUCAAAACGCAGGACCCCGCCAACCUUUCCCUGCUCAGCUUCGGCGAGGUGUUCUCGCUCCUCUUCGACACCGACUUCUUGUAUGUCAUGGACCUGAGGACAGAAAGGAUAACGGGUCGUUGGCCUCUGCCUGCCUACAGGAAGUCCAAACGAGGUUCCAGCUUCCUGCCGGGAGUCACCUCCUGGCUCAAUGGGCUGGAUGGGCGAAAUGACUCUGGCCUCGUGUUCGCCACGAGCAUGCCUGACCAUAGCAUUCACUUGGUUCUGUGGAAAGAAAACCGAUAAAGAAAGCUAUCGGCGAAACCUACGAGAGCUAGAUUGUCAAUUGCCAUGUAAACAGGGUGCUCUGACUUUUGAAACCCAACAUCAAGUUAGAUAAUGCAUGGGCCAAAGUUGUUUUCCCUUUUUUUUUUUUUUUUUUUUUUCUCGACACAUGCUCUCAUACACGCAUCAUGUGACAUGCUGUCACCAACCAUAAGACACAUCGAAACGCUGCUAUGAAUACAAGGGGAAGAAAGGCCCAGUUCAGAGGGCCAAGGAAGCAGUUUGUGUUAGUUCCAACCCUGCCAUGGGUCUUCUCACUUUGAAGGAAAUACAAGGACCGGGACGGUGGCUGAAUGAAGACCGAACUCUCGAAAAAUUGCAUGGUCUACAACCAUUAGACUGUGACAAUUUUACAAAAACAUUGCAAAACAAGUCAGGCUCUACAGCUGUAGACUUUUCCCCUGUAUUACCAUGUAUCAGAACCUUUAAACUUCGGACAAGGUUCUUCAAGCGGUUACGAGGCGGGAAGUUGCCUUAACACAAUACUUUGUUACAAGAAAGUACAUCUAUGACUUUGGCAUAGUGUGUCCUACGUUUUUCCUAGACUGUCAACUACCAUCCCCAUGAGAGUUUUAUGUUGAAAUGUUCAAAGUGGUUUGGUGCAUCGGAUUUGUACCAUAUUCAAUGUAAAUCCAUUGUUUGAUAAUGCUUUUCUUAAAAGUCAACUUGACAUUAAGUUGUGCCUUUUCAUUUGAUUUGAAUAUUCACCUAGGUGUGACAAAUCAAACUAGAAUUUCAUUAUUACCAGGCACAUUGCAAUGAGAUAAUGAAUGUUGUAAUUGUAUAUAUAUUUUUAUUAUCUUUCGUACUCUCCAUACUAUAACCAACCGCAUACAAUGUAUUUCUAAACUUACUAGGCUUGUCACGAUACCAACAUUUUACAAACCAUUUUUACAUCAGGCCAAGUAUCAUGCCGCCACGUUGGAAAAAUAAUAAGUGACCGAGUAUCCUGUUCGCCCUGUCCCUCCAGAAGCUUGUUUCCUAAACUUUCACCAAAAACCUGUCACUUAAAUUCACACUUCUACUCAAUACAACACAUUUAACUUCACACUGUUUAGUGUAUUAUAGAAUGGCUGAUUUGGUCAUAUUUGGCUGGAGGAAUGUACAUGCAAAAUGAUCUGCAUGUCAUUGUCAGUAAGGGGAAAACACUGCUUGAAACCUUUACUCUUCAGUUAAGACACUUCCUCAUGUCAUGAGUAGCAGACCCUUUUCCUUUCUUCCUGUGCCAAUCAAAUGUGCCUACGUCUACUGUCAAUUACCAGGUUGUUGGCUAGCUAGAUAACAUGAUUGAACGUUGUUUGUAAUCAAACUAAUAAUUAGUUUAAAACCGCGACAUGGUGAAAUUAUAUAAAAUGCACGCAAAUCCUGAUAGAAAGGGAAAAAAGGCAUUCUGUUAAUAUGGGUAAUAUUUUUUUGAAUGUUUAGGCCAACUAAAGACGUUUUUUGUUGUUGCUGUAAAGCAUGCCUGUGGCGAAAGGGUGCUCCAUUUCACCUCUCUGACAUGCCGACCAGACCGGACACGUCGCGUACGCCGCAAAAUAAAUGUAGAAAUCCAUGUUAUUCAAUUAAUCUGCGUUCUCGCUCGCCACCGGCUACACGGAACCCAAACCGGCUGCGCGCGUGCGUUAUCGUGCAUAAAUGUAUUUUGUCCCCCUACACCAAACACGAUCACGACAUGCAGGUUAAAAUAUCAACAACUCUGAACCAAUGACAUU